AUGACCACUAGCAGACUGUGGCCAGUCUUGCAGAGCCUGAGCCCACUCCUUCUCUCACUAUCAGUAUUCACUUUCCGUUGUCUGUCUUCUUGCUUAGAGUCUGCGUCACUGUGGUGUGACUCCAUGCCCAUAACACCAGAAAAAAGAACAUAUUUUCCCCAAACAAUUCCCAUUGAAAAUGGCUUUCUGGAAAGGCAAGGACACUUACCAACUCUUCCUUGUGACUGGCAACACCUAGCCAGUUAUUUGCAUACAAUCAGCCUCAAGCACGGUAACUGCUGGUUCCCAUGAGCCAGUUUUAGAUUGCCACUGAAAGCAACAGGGAUGGCAGUGGAGAGCACUCGGAGCCAGGCCAGCAGCAGUUGCUAGAUAGCUUCAGUCUCUCUCCCCCACCCCCCACCCCGCUCUCAUGCCCUACGCUCCCAAUGAGAGCAAAAUCACAACAGUCUUGCCCACUCAGAUCAUGGUGAACUGAAACUGCACCAGCUGCUGUGAGUCAGGUGGUUGCCGACAGCAGCUGAUCUCAGAUUACUCGACACAGAGUUAUGAUUUGUCACACACCCAGCUCAGGAUGCACAGUGACAUCCUGCAUGAGAUACACACCCAGGUAUCCCUGCUCUAACAAAUAAUUAUUCCUUGGCCAUUCACAGUUCUCUCUUUUCUUUCAGGAAGUUCAUCUCUGAAAUAGGAAGACCAACCGAAUAGCACUUAGAGUGACCAAAGAGACAAUUAUACAUAGUAACAUCACAGGUUAGUUGAUUAUUUUUCUUCUAUGCCUAUGUCAUUUUCUCUUGGUAGUAGUUUUACUAUAAGUACAUGGCUGUUAUUUUACUUCCAUGUGUGGAAUUUAAGGCUCAUUGACUGGAUUCAGAUAAAUAGUUCCCAACAAUAACAUUUUUUCAGGCACUGUAGAGUGGGGAUUGAAAGGCAGGAGGUUGUGUGAAGCAGGUGUAUGUUGGAUUCACAGCCAACACUUGCUGAAGAAACUGUAGCCUAGCAUGUCUAACAAGCCACAGAAACCUUAAUGCACUGAGCCUCUUCAGUCUGUGACCAUUUGAUUCCCAAUACAUAGUCAAAAGUCAGUAGAAAAGAAAGUCUGAAUCUGCCUACUACCAAAUUGAUAAGGCACCAGAAGUUUGAACAAAGAGAAAUGUAGAAAGAAAUUAUUCAAAAUGUUCUAAGUCAGACUUUACCAACCUGGAGCCUUCCAGAUGGUCUUGGACUACAAUGCCCAUCAGCCCCAGCCAGCACAGCCUGAUGGGGUUUGUAGGCAACAAUAUCUGGAGAGCACCAGGUUGGCAGAGGCUGGUCUGAGUCUUUAAUAUAAUUCAAUACAACGUUGAGCCAAAAAUAUAUGUUGUUUUAUUGUCCACUUUGUGCCUUUGAUGAAAUAGGCUUUUGGCUAUGAAAGGUUAGCAAUACACAUGUUGCUUCAGUGAUAAGCAGUGUCCUCUUUCUGGAGUUCUGUUUUUAAAAUAAUGCAGUGUAGGCAGAGAUUAUUUUUCAGUAUCUACUUCUAUAAGAGCUAUAAGCCUAAAUUAACUAUUAUUAAACUUUAAACUAUUUUUAAUUAAGCUAUUAUCGCUAACUAAAUUAAUGAUAAUGCUUAGAUAUUACAACUAAUUACUAGGAACGCAGGAAGCUGACAUAUUCUGAGUCAGGCCAUCGGUCCCACUGGAUCAGUACUGUCUACAGCAGGCUUCCUCAAACUCGGCCCUCCAGAUGUUUUGAGACUACAGUUCCCAUCAUCCCUGACCACUGGUCCUGCUAGCUAGGAAUCAUGGGAGUUGUAGGCCAAAAACAUCUGGAGGGCCGAGUUUGAGGAAGCCUGGUCUACAGUGACUGGCAGUGACAUCCCCGGAUUUCAGGCAGAGGACAUUUCCAGCCCUUCUAGAAGAUGCCAAGGAUUGAAACUGGCACCUUGUGCAUGUAAAACUGUGACUCUACCACUGAGCCACUUACUUUUCAUGUAAAUAAGAUAAUGCAAUUCCCUGUCCCUUUCUCGGUGGAAUUGCAAUACUUGAUACGCUGCUUCAACCGAUAUCACCUAACCACUUGAUCUGCUGUGCAUCGACUUCAUUGAUGAUGUAUUUGUUAGACAAAUAUAUUAUAAUUACUAUUCAUGCAUUUCAAGCUUAAUUGUGUCAUGUUAGCAAUGUAUCAUAGAAGCCAAGGCACACCCAGGCUUCUCCCCCCGCCCUUUCUCAUGGUAUGUUGCCUAUAGCAGCAUUCUUUCAAACCUGUAGGAUUCCUAUGUGGAAAUCAAGAAAUAUUAUAAAAUACAAGUGCAGAGAACUGAUGUUGCAGGUGUAUAUAGUUCUCACAGCUAUUUGGGCCUUUUUUGUUUCAUUGGGUUGGAAACGAGCAAGUAGAUUCCAGUGGCUUAGGAAAAGCGUAAUGAUUAAAAUGAAUUCCAUUUCUGAGGCUCAGCGCAAUUCACAGCCACUCAUCCAAGCAUGAAGCUAUUUCAUUGGCUCCUCUACUUCACUGCAGGCCACUUGUCAGAUCAAGCUAUUUUUUAUAUAUAUAUAAAAAGAGGCUCGUCUGGAGUCUAUUUUCAUUACUUCAGUAAAGAGCUGUGAGGCUCAGAAAUGAAGGAAAUGAAGGACAGUCCUAUAGAAUAAGAAAUAUCCCUUCAAAUGUGAGACAGUUGAUCACUCUAGGGCCAACAGUCAGGCUGUGUUCCAGUGAGGGAAAAUAACCCCCAAAUUAUCUGAACAAACUGAAUGAUGUGGAUUCCCAGGUGGUACCAGCAUCACUGAAAUGGUACAUUACAAUUGAGGACAGUUUGUAAGCUUGUUGUCAUUACAUGGUUUUGAUUUGUGUUGUUGUUACCCUGCUUGUUGACCGUUUCUAAAGUCACUGCCGCACGGAUUCUAAGCAUUGACAACAGGGAACCAGCCUCUAGCCAUUUGUUUGUCUGCUGAAAACAUUUCUGUUUCCAUCAUUCAGAACUAAUCUUUCAAGGCAGCUAACAAGAAGAAUGGCAAAAUAUGGAACAGAGUAAAAUAUUGAAACAAUGCAUGAUAAACUAUUGAAAGAAAACCAUACAACGCUAUGCUAGAAAACUAAAAAUAAAAAUACUGAAGGAAGAGGUAGUUCAUAAUUAAUUAAAUUGGGGGGGGGUCAAUUGUUGGACUCCAACUCCCAUCAGCCUACUGACCAGAAGACAGGGAUGAUGGAAGUUGUAGCCCAACAGCAUCUGAAGUCCCAUAGGAUCCGCAUCUAUUAAAAGCAUGAGAGCAGAAUGUUUUAUUUAGCCGGUGCCUAAAUGCUAGCAGAUUAGGGAGAUCAUUCUGAAACCUGACCAUGAUCACAAAAAGAAGCCCUGACUUUACUCACUACCUGCACCAUUUCUGCGAGUCGGGGGAGCUGGAGCAGAGCCAUAGCUGUCAACAUUUCCCUUUUUUAAAAGGAAAAUUCCCUUAUUCCAAAUAGGAUUUCUCGCAAGAAAAGGGAAAAGUUGACAGCUAUGAGCAGAGCAUCUGAGAAUUAUCUCAACUCGUGGGCAGAUUUAUAAAGGAAUAAGCAGUCCUUCAGAUACCCUGGUUCCAAGCUCUUUAGGGCUUAAAAGGCCAAAACCAGUAUCCCCAAUUGCCCCCAGAAACAAACUGGAAGGGAGUGAAGCUAUUUUAAUACCGAUGAAGUGUUCUGACCAGUUGGUUUUGACUAAUUAUCUGGUGGCUACCAUAUGUUGAAAUGAAGUUUCUGAGUAGUCUUCAGUUCAUUGCAGGCUCUUCAGCACUUCUUCUACCUCACCUGAUGAUGGCAUCCCAUAUUGAUGGCAUCACAUGCCAAAUCCCUGAGCGACCUUUCUGAGUUGUUGCAUGUUGCAUGAGAUGCAGUAUAGAGCUCUAUGGGACCUCCUGGCCCUAAAGCCGUGGGGAAGAGGAAACAUUAUCCAGCAUUAUCUUCUGAAACCAAUCAGUCGGGUAGGGACAGAAAUGCCACAGUAUGAUGCCCCCAAAUCCCAACAUAGAUAAUGUAGAUGAACACCAUGGUCAAUGGCAAAGAGUGCCACUGAAAGCUCCAGGAUAAGUCAUGUGACCAGAAUGCCACUAUAACGUCGUGUUUGUGACUUAGCAUUGCUAUAGCUGACAAUAAAACCUGUUCCUCAGAAAUAUGCUCUCAUUACAAGUCAUGUGACUGCUUCAUGUGUUUCUCUUGUAUCAUUCAGUGCAAUCUUAGGUACUCAUAAAUGUCUCAAUGUGUUACCAGGAUUUCAAAGGCGAAAUUGGUACCGGGGGUGUGUGUUUCCAAAAGGUUGUGCUGUCCUGGAUUUUAGGCAAGCCAAUUGGAAACCCUUAACAACUUUCGGGGUGUCCUGGUUUUUACUUUUUGAAAUAUGGCAACCCUACAAUGUGUUAACUGGGCUUACUCCCUGUUAAGCAUGCUUGGAAUUGCAGCCUUACUGCAGUACAUAAAAUGUCAUGUCACAUGACUCAUGCGUGAAGCAGUUCUUUCUCAAGGAACUCUCAGGUUUUCUUAUUUGCUUUCCCCUCCUUAUUUUUUAACGGUUGUUAACACUUUCUGCCUGAACAGAUUUGAAAUGGAUUAUGAAAGAUCUGAAGGACUUAACCAGAUUUACAAUCUCUUUCCCCAUCUCUUUUAAACAGACACAACAAUGAGUAACUCAAAUUCUGCUGAUUUACUUCAUACAGGAGGAAAACAAGGUAAUGAAAAGAUGGGGAGACUAAGCCUGGGGGCACAUUAUUGGCUUAAAAGACAACUGGGCAACCAAGUAUAAUAUAUUUUUGUGUGCUUGGCUGUACUAAAGCGACAUUUUUCAGAAGGCAGACAUCCAUGUCUUUUGUUUCAGCUUAUUCUUCUGUAAUAUUUUGAGUCAUACCCAUAAAAUAGUUUGAUACCCAAGUCUGCGUGCUCACAUCCUGAUUUUGGGCUUGGAAUGGGAUAUGUGAAUUGGUGAGAUCUCUCUUUCAGUUUUAACAGUACCACUGUCUGUAAUUUAGCCUUUCCUAAUUAAGGUAAAUUUUAUUUUUAUGGAAAUUACUCUAUGAUUAGAUUAUUCUUAUUCUAAUUAUUAGUAUUCACCUUCUAUAGAAUUGUCUCAAGGCAAUGUACAAUAAAAACACUAUCCGCUUAUACUGAACUCUCAUUUUAAAAUGGGUAGCUAUGGCUGUCAGUACUAACACCGAGGGUCUUCUCGGUAGUGGCACCCGCACUGUGGAAUGUCCUCCCAUCAGAUGUCAAGGAAAUAAACAACUAUCUGACUUUUAGAAGACACCUGAAGGCAGCCCUGUUUAGGGAAGUUUUUAAUGUUUGAUGUUUUAUCACUUUAUUAUUAUUAUUAUUAUUAUUAUUAUUAUUAUUAUUUUGUUGGGAGCUGCCCAGAGUGGCUAGGGAAACCCAGCCAGAUGGGCUGCAUAUGUAUAAACAAACAAACAAAUUAUUAUUAUUAUUAUUAUUAUUAUUAUUACUACUACUACUACAGUAUGUAAGGCUAACUCUGUUUAGAUAUGUAAAUUAUACAUGAAUAGAUAUGUAAAUAAUCUAAUACAUGUUUAGAUAUGUAAAUAAUACUGAUGGCUUUACCAUCAGUAGUACAUCAAGAAAAUCUUUGAUGUUUUUCCUCGUAUACUUUGAACAGGUGGGAAACCAAAACGAGGCAAGAAAUUAAAACCGCAAAAAGAAAGUGAGGGUGAAAGUUCUUCUGAGGAGCUUAGAACAGAGAGUCCAUCAGAAGGUAACUCCAAAAGAUUGUAUGAUGCUUUGUCUGUGUGCAGGGAGAACAGAUCUUCACUUGGGAGCUAGCACUUGCAAAUCAAUAUUCAGAUAAACCCAGCAGCCAAGUUCAGACUAGUGCUGAGCUGAAACAAGGUGGACCUUUGCAAACCUUUCUCUCAUCCACUCAUUCUGCACAAAACCUGCAGAAUGCCCCCUCUGAGAUAUGGCUGGCACUGAGGAACUUUUGGCAUCAGCUGUAGACCCAUCUACAGUAUUUCAUCUAUUUCCGCCCUGGGUUUUUUUUUGAGAGAGAGAGAAUGGGUGGGAUAUGAAUUCAAUAAAUCAGUAAUAAUAAAUGCACAGGACUUUGUAAUGCCUUGUCAAGUUUUGUUGUUGCCUUUCACUAUGUUAGUAUUUGUUUGUAGAUGCUGUGUCAAAUUAUUAAAGAAAUGAUAACCUGCCUUUCAACUGAAAAGGGCACAAAAAGAAAAAUUAAACCACAAAAACAAACUAUAACAGGAGUUUCUAUAUUUUGACAGCAACAUAAGCUGGAAAGUUUUACCUUAACCAUACUUUUAUCUGUUCUAUAUUUGUGCACUAUUUUAGAUUCACCCAGAGAAGUCGUUCCAUAUGGUGAAUCAGGUAAGUUGACUAAAAUCCUGAGCAGCACAGUUUUUGGGUUUGAGAGGCCCUUGGGUAAUACCCCACACUCUGCAUCUGUGAGUGGACCAACUGCUUCCUCCUUCAUGUUGCUGCUGCUGUUCACUUCACCAGGGACGUCUUUACCAUUGGGCGUAGUGGUGAGGCAACCAGGGGGCCAAGCUGUGGAGGGCGCCUGGCGGAGAGUCCAGGGAGGGGAGAGCGGGGAGGGAAGCGAGGCGAAGCUGGGGCUUGGUGCCUGCGCGCUUACAGCGCCCUGUUUGGACCCUGUUCCGCUCUGCAGCACCAGGUAUGAAGAGUGAGGCAGAGGGCAGGGAGAAGGCGUGGGAAAAGCCGCCUCAAAGAGCUGUGUGAGAACUUACAGUGGUACAGUUUUGUAAUUUAGGCUCAAGGCUCAAUGAUCUUGCAGCAACAGCCCCGAAAUCUGCCCCAAAGUCCUGCCUUGUAACCUCUCCACCCCCCUUGCCACUGUGUGUGUGCGCGCUUCACCGCUUUAAUCUGGAAACGGUGUUGUUUUUUCCUGUCAGCUGGAGAUUGUCUAUUGUGAUUGGUCCUUUUUCAACUGGCUGCAUCAGUGGCUGUUACUGAUUGGUUGUAACAGCUUUUGUUGUUGUUCUGUAUUUUUUUCGGCGCUUUGGCUGACAAAAGCUGUUUUGCGUGCUAGUUUCAGCGAAGGUAUUAUUUGUCAUUUAUUAACGAUCUGCCCCUCCUUUAAAAAAGCGCAGAGGCCCCCUAGAAAAAGCUCACUAAAUAUUGGGAGGCCCCCUAAAAAAAGCUUAACAACUUUGGGGAGCCCCCCUAAAAAAACUAAAUUUGGGGGCGCUGGGCGGAUCUUUGCACCAAGGUGCUGCAUAUGCUAAAGAUGGCUUUGGACCUUUUCUUCUCUUUCUUUGCUUCUCUUCUGGGCCAGAUUGACAUGCCUCUCUCUUCUGGGAGAGACACAUGUAUCGGUAAACCCUAUUUGCUGCCACAAAAUGUAUGAAUUCUUCCUUAAACAAAAGGCUCCACAUGGAAAGAAAUGGGUUAUGUCGAGCUUGAACAAAGCAGCUAGAAUUUUCUAGCUUUGGGAUGUUUCAAGACAAGUCUUCAUUGCUCCCUCUAGUGGUAGCUUCACUCAACGGCUUCUGUGCAUGGGUUUUAUUGUUGUGAACCACCUGACCUUAGGAUGAAGGGUGGCAUACAAAUUUAAUAAAAUAAGUAAAAAUAAAUAAAACAAUACUGUUAUUUGGGUUGAUGAGUUGCAGUCAGAAAAGCAUGGUGAGCAAGGCAAGGAGCUGUUACAAUGCAUAGAGGUUUAUUUUUGGCCAGGUAGGAAGAAUCUUCAUAUAUAUGCAUUUCCUGGUAUUGUAAUGUGGUUUGUUUCUGGUUUGUUUUGCAAAAGGAGAUGCUUGUUUGCUUUGGUCCCCUCCAGAUGACCUAUUUAUUGAACAAUCAUUCUGAUUUGUUUCCACAAAGAUAGAUUAGGUAAUGUCAGCUGUUUCUUGAGCAUUCACUCUGAUUUGUUUGCAGGGAGAUUUAUACAUCACUGUAUUAAGUAAUUAUCCCAUGUUUUCCAAUGCAUUUCCCCAUCACUUUAAUUCUAGCAAAAAAAUUAAUCCAUUUUUGGGUGGGGAGGAGGAGGAGGAAGAGGCAGGCUUGUUGCACAAGAUUGCCAGAUUAACUUUAAUUGCACACCCUGAAUUUGUCACUAUGUGACUGAAUCCCACCUCAAAAUCGUGAAAGUCUGAAAGCACCUUUUAUAUCAGUCUGUGUUAUUUUUCAGAAGUUGUGUGCAGAGACGGGGAACCUGCAACUGGUAAAUAUAAAUUGCAGAUUAUGUUGUUCUUUUCUAUAUAACCCCUUUUAAGUCUUUUAAUGCCUUUUAAGUCUCAUACAAGUACCAUGUUAUCUGCCUGGGCUAUGAAAGCUUCAACAUUGCAUGAUCUGCCAUAUCAUACAAACUUAUAAGCAUAGAAUGGUCCAACCCCCUGCAAUGUAGGAAUCUCAACCAAAAACACCCAUGACAGAUGACCAUCCAACCUCUGCUUAAAAACAUCCAAGGAAGGAGAAUGUUUGCUUUUACUUACAAAGUGUUCUAAGAUAUUUUGUGAAAUAGAUUUGUAUUUUAAAGCAUUUUGGGCCACUCAAUGGCGGAUUUCCUAAAACAAAACAAAAACAAAACAUAAACCAGAGCAUAUUGAUCCAGUUUUCAAACUAGUCCUUGCUUGUGACCACAGGUGCAGCUCGGCGUUUGGCUUCCUACGCCCCCCUCAAUAUUGUGGGGGCUGAGCCCCCUGUUAAACAAUAUAGAGUCUCAGCCCAUAGGAGUUGGUGCCUAUGCUGGGUGGGCAGGAGACAGGCAGAACUGGCCAGGCGGAAGACCCCCAGGCCACAGGGCCUGCAACAGUUGACCCUAUUCCCUGCUCCCAGGAAUAGCCUUUUAAGAAAUGCUGCCUUUGAUGACUACCUCCACUGUGGGAGGCAGUGAAACUGAAUUGCUGGGAAUCACAGGUGGGGAGGUUGCUUUUAUGCUCAGGUGUGCUUGCAAGCCUCCCUUAGGCAUCUGGCUGGCCAGUGUGAGAACAGAGUGUUGGAUAGGAUGGGCCUUAUUUUGUCCUUAGGUAUUGCAAAAUGCCCUGAGGUCCAUUGACCAAUGCACCAAAUAGAAAAAUAGCAACAACAAUAAUAAAGAAUAGAAUUCAGUGGCUAAUAUGAUGUGGCUUAGCUUCAGUUUGUGUACCUGGGAUUGACUUUUACUUUAACUGAAAUUUCAUUUCCCAUAGCGUAUGAAAAUGUUCCCUGCCAUCCACCUCACCACCCAAGAUGGUGGCUACCAGGCAUACGAAAAGAUGGUAAGAGUUUUUCUGACCCUCAGACUCAGGCUGUGGGCACAUUACCAUUUACUCUGGCUCCAAUGCACUCCCGCCCCUGAGUGCAUGUGACAUUAGCCAGAAUCCAUAUGUAUGUUGUGGUUUCUUGAGUAAUGCUGCUGUUUCCCUCAGACAUGUGUUUCCAUCCUAUUUGAAGAUGUAAGCCAUGGUUAAGCUGAGACGUGUGUUUCAGACAUCCAUUGUGCAUGCACAACUCUGUUGAAUAGGACUUGGCAGAGAGGUUGCAGGCACAGAGAAACAAAUCGGGUCAUAGCACGUACAGCACUUUAGAAUGCAACUUGAAAUGCACGAGGGGAAAAGCCUAGCUGUGUUUUCAAGCCAUUAACAUGCACAUGCCCUUAAUUGCAAAACCUGCUCAGUGUGAACCAGAAGUUCUCCCAUGUGCAGCUACCUGAUAAAAAUGCCAGAAUUCAUUCCUAGAAUUGUGAAUAAACAGUGUAGUGGUGGUUUAAUUAUGGAUGUUUAAAUUCUAAUGCUUGUGUAAUUGGUUUACACACUUGCAAACAGCUUCAAAGACCGUUUUGUCAUUAAAUAGUAUACAGUGGUACCUCGGGCUAAGUACUUAAUUCGUUCCGGAGGUCUGUUCUUAACCUGAAACUGUUCUUAACCUGAAGCACCACUUUAGCUAAUGGGGCCUCCUGCUGCUGCCGCACUGCUGGAGCACGAUUUCUGUUCUUAUACUGAAGCAAAGUUCUUAACCAGAGGUACUAUUUCUGGGUUAGCAGAGUCUGUAACCUGAAGCGUAUGUAACCUGAAGCGUAUGUAACCCGAGGUACCACUGUAUAAGUAAAUAAAUACUGCAUGUGAGCACAUGUAGGACAGAGUGCCUUUUCCACAACAUUGCAUAAUCAUAGGCUUCCCGUCUUGGACUUCCAUAUAUAAAGUUCCUAGUAAUUAAGCAGUAAACUCACUUAAAGUCUUCACAAUUAAUUGCUGAUUCUUGGCGUUUUUAGCUGUGUGGGAAUAAAGCAUAGUUCCAUAUUUUAAAUAAUGUAUAUGGCUAAGAAGGUUGCUGACUUAAGUUCUUCACUUGAGUUGAUGCCUCUGGAAAGUAUACAUAAAUUAUAUAUAUGUACAGUGCAGUUAGUGAAAGUACUGGCUGUUGGUCUAAAGUAUGUGAGUAAUCAUCCCCUUACCCCACCCUCCACAAACAUAUGUAUUCCAAAAGGACAUGACCUUCACUAGUACAGGAAAAAUUUAAAUUGCAGCCAAUAGGGGCAUUGAGUUUGAUUUUAUGAUAUCCUUUAAGAAUGUAAGACCCCUCUCUUCUCUCUCAUUUCAGAUGAAUUCUUCCAUUUUGUCAUUCUUUGUUUUGCCAUUGGAACCUUGUUGGUUUGCUAUUACAGAUAUAAAGGUACAUCAAAACUGGAAUGCACUGCUUUCAUUUGGCUAACACAGAACAUAAUGUAAUACAAACAUAUAUAUGUAUAUUUUUAGACUGGACAGUUUCCCUUGGUAUUGGUUUGAUGACCUUCGCAGGCUUAGAAACAACUGGAAUAUAUUUCGGUCUAGGUAAGUGUUUCACAUGUACCACUUGAGACAGCAAAAUAAGCUGCUUCGUGUAUUUAUACCUAGGUAUAAACUUUAAAAUAUACCAACAUUCAUUUGAUGUUUAUAUUACAGUUUGAGCUGUAGUGGAGCUAUUAGCGUGUCCAGUUUUCUUUGCUUCUUUGCCUAUAACCAUUUGUCUUUCAUUUCCCUAACAGUGCACCGCAUUAGAAGUAUCCUGGAAAGUUUCAUCCCCCUGCUUCAGAGCGUCAGAACGCCUGGUAAUACCUACUGCCCUCUUCAUGUGUCUUUAUAUACCCCUGUGGAAUCAUUUGGGUACAGCACAUAGAUAAUAGUUGUAGUUUUGCCAUUUUUUAAUAGAAAAACUCUAUUCAUCCCAGGAAAAAAGGGCUCAGGAUUAGGAGAUUGCGUGUCAGCUCCGAAGAUUGUCAUGACUCCAGGUUUUGAGGGGAGACCCAUGUAAACUUUCCUGAGGGUCCUUAGAGACGGAGUACUAAAAGCACAGACUUCUUCAUGCUUUUAACCAGCAGGCUUGUGCCUAUUGGGACUGCUGCCUCUAAAAUCCCUGCUUCUUUCAAACUUCUAAAUUAAAUGCUCAUGAAAGUGACACCGAAGUGCUAUCUUUUCUGACCCACAGACCAAUGUGUGGUAUUUUGAAAUAAUCAUACUGACGAGUUUCUCUCUCUCCCUUUGUCAUUGUGUAGGUUUGAAAAAGAUUAACUAA